AUGGAGAAGCGACAGGUCAGGAUGAGAUGGAGAAGCGACAGGUCAGGAGGAGAUGGAGAAGCUACAGGUCAGGAGGAGAUGGAGAAGCGACAGGUCAGGAGGAGAUGGAGAAGCUACAGGUCAGGAGGAGAUGGAGAAGCUACAGGUCAGGAGGAGAUGGAGAAGCUACAGGUCAGGAAGAUGAGGUGGAGAAGCUACAGGUCAGGAGGAGGAGAAAUACAAGUGACAGGUCAGGAUGAGAUGGAGAAGCUACAGGUCAGGAGGAGAUGGAGAAGCUACAGGUCAGGAGGAGAUGGAGAAGCUACAGGUCAGGAGGAUGAGGUGGAGAAGCUACAGGUCAGGAGGAGGAGAAAUACAAGUGACAGGUCGGGAGGAGGAGAUAUGCAAGCGUCAGGUCGGGAGGAGAAGAUAUGCAAGCGACAGGUCAGGAUGAGAUGGAGAAGCGACAGUGGAGGACAUCCAGCUGCUUAUGGAGCCAUGGGACAGCCAUAUCAGCCCAAUUACCUGAUGACCCCAGAUAUUGAGCGGAAACAUCUCAUCCCUGGAUACAUGAACGAACCCGAAGGAAAGAUGGCUUCAGCGGCCAUGAAUCCGUCGAUGAGUCCGCCAUAUUACCCUCCAGCUGCUGCCACUAGUCCGGCUAUGGGCACGGAUGGUCCAACAGCUCCACUCCCUGAAUGGACAGAUAUUCCAGGGUAUGAAGGGAUGGGCACCUAUGAAGGGGCAUUCAGUAAUAUCUGUUUGCGUUCCUCUUGCAACAACAGGAAGUGUCUGUCUGCAAUCACCCCCCAAGACAAUGACCUGGUUUCCAAAUGGUGUGUCUAUGGUCAUGAUCUUAUGCAGGAGUUUGUCGAUACAGCGAAGUCCAUGUUUUGGAAGUAUUGUAAUUUCAUCAAUGAUGAUGAGGGUGGCUUGACGCAGUGCCAGAUUAAGGUCUACAUAGGCCUGGAGCUGAGAUUUAGAAAGGGCCUAUUAUGUGCUGUCGCAGUCGCAGGUGGUAAAUUUCUACCUCCGCCAGACGUGGGACCGAUCCCUGGGGCUGUGCCGACACCGACAAACGCCAACUGGACGGUCCCCUUCAUCUCCGAAGAUGUUGCCAGAGAAGCUCUGCUGGAUUACGCCAACAGCAAAUGUUGUUAUCGCUCAACUGCAGCGCAAGAGAUGAACUUUCAGGAACUCCAACCGUUUAAUACAUACCGGUAUCGGCUGGAGACUUUCACAGAGUCCAGGGCGUGUGCAUGGGUGACUACGCCGUAUACCGGCCAGCCGGUGGAUUCCUCCGCCUAUGGACCAGCCCCCCAUCCCUGGAAAAUACCCGUCCAGGUCUCAUCCAUGUUCCAGGACAAGGAAAUGAAAAUGCCUGUUCCCCGGACAUCCUCCGUGAAGGCUUGCCCCCAGUGUUUGGGAACCUGCAAGACAGUGUGUACGAAAUGCCACGGAACGCGUCGGGUGACUUGCUGGCUGUGUCAUGGAGGUAGUAUGGAUGAUAGCUGCCACUUGUGCGGAGGACGUGGAACACGGAGCUGCACAACUUGUCAAGGCAGCGGACAUGUGACAUGCGCGCGAUGUUCCGGGCGCGGAAAACUCCUGAACUACAUCGAGAUGACCGUCACAUGGAAAAAUAACAUUUAUGAGUUUGUAGCUGAUCACAAUUCCAAGUUCUCUACGGAGCUGUUUACGAAAGUGAAUGGGGAGAAAAUCUUCACCGAUGAGCAGUUGCUGUUGGCGCCGCUGAACAACUUCCCAUCUCCGGCAAUUAAUCAGGCUUCCCUGAACGGUUUGCAGCAGCAUCAAGCACAGUGUGCUCCUUCAUCCCGGAUACUGAGACAGAGACACGGCACUGAGUGGCUGCCGCUCACCAAGGUGGUAUACAUUUGGAAAGACAAUCGAUACGACUACUUUGUCUAUGGGAAGGAGAACAAGGUUCAAACUGACAAUUACCCUCAGAAGUGCUGCUGUGCCGUCAUAGCCACCCUCCGGCAUAUGAGUGGUUACUGCAAUCUGCCCUUUUUACCUCCCCCAUGUGAUGGGGAAGGCACUCGGCCGCUGGACCUCAGGAUCAUGGAACUGAGAAACACCCCUGUCACUCCAAGUUCACCAGCCAGGGUAUCAAUUGCUGUAAUGACUUCACCUGUUUCAUUCGAUCUUGUUGACAUUGAUUUGGACCCUCCUCGAGAUCCACCUGUGGCUACAAGUUCUGCGCUAGGUCCUCCAGCAGACCUAGGAAUGUGUCUUUCAGAUCUCACCCCUGGAAGCCACGUGAGACCCAGAGCUGCUCUACCUUCGGUGAAUGCCAAACGUACUCCAACUGUUCAACUUACCAGGUUAAUGGGUGACAACCCCAGUGGAGUUCAUGGAAACACAGAGAUGGUUCAGUCAUCCAACCCAUCAGCUGGUAUCAAUACUGGUCUAUCUUCAACAUAUUUACCCAGCUCAAGCAACGCUGGAUCUCUUCGGUCUCAAUCAGAUGUGCAGACAGAAAGUACCCAAAAUGUCAGACGGGGGCAAAUGCGUUGUAUAAGUGUCCUUCCUCCCUCUUACCUGGCUGUGGCGUCUGCUGGUGAACCUUGUCCUGCAAGUGUAGACAUUGGGAAGGCGCUGAUCACAGAAGCGGACGCACAGCGGGCUCUGCGGGGAUACGGUGACAGUAAUUGCUGUUACAGCUCUGCCCCAGCCAAACAGAUGAGUCUCCAGGAGUUGCAGCCCUUCAACGUUUACAAGUAUUGCUUAGAAACUUUUACAGAAUCCCGGGCCUGUGAGUUGGUGACGGAACAUUAUACUGGUCAGCUUGUGGAUUCUUCUCCCAAUACGUCUUCUCCUCAGCCGUGGGAUAUCCCGGUGGCCGUACCAAACAUGUUCAAGGAUGGAAUGCAGAAGAUGGUGGUCCCUCACACCUUCUCUGUGAAGCCUUGUCCGAGAUGUAAAGGUCUGGGGAGAAACAUGUGCCUGAAGUGUCACGGGUCGGGGAGGGUUCAGUGCCUGUGGUGUAACGGGACGGGAAGACGCAUGCAGAUGGACAUGUGCCACGCCUGCUUCGGUAGCGGCACAGAAAGCUGUAGAAUGUGCGACCCUAGCCGCGUCCAGGACUGUGUACCCUGCGCAGGGAAGGGGCAGGUCGUGACCUACACGCAGAUGACUAUUAUAUGGAAGAAUAAUAUAUUUGAGUUCAUCUCUGAGAAUCACUCAGAAUUUUCCAAUGACCUAUUCAAGGAUGUGAAAGGGGAGAAAAUCUUCACAGAAGAGCAGUUGUCGGUGUCUCCUUUGACAAACUUUCCGGACUGGACUCUUAUUCAAGUUUCCCAGAAUGCGCUGGAACAACACCAGACACAGUUUUCCACUUCGUGUCGCAUUCUGAGACAGAGACAGAGCGUUGAGCUGCUUCCUCUUACGAAGGUGCAUUAUACCUGGAAGGAAAACCAAUUCAGCUACUUUGUGUAUGGAAAAGAGAACAAGGUGUAUAUACAGAAUUAUCCCCAAAAGUGCUGCUGUGUGGUCAUGUGACUGGACAGGGGGGGGGGGGGGGGACCUGCUGGAUUCACGUGGAUUAAUGUGUGACACGGUGACCUGGGCUUGUGGAAGGUUCUCUGUUACUAACUGAUCUGGACCAAAUUGCAGAAUUUAGAAUGUCUAUUCACUAUGAGCACUACUGCAGUCUAUUAUUUAUGUAGCACUGACUUGCGAAGAAAGUUGUUGGGGCAGAGGGUCCUUACUCCCCAAGUCUAUAUUUUCAAAAUGUAUUUCUUGUGUUUACCAAACAUGUUUUGCGAUGUAUGUGUAUUAUGCCUUAAAUGUCAUGUGGAAAUAACUAGAAUUAUUUAUUAAAGUAUUUAUAAUAAUUCUG